UUUCCAUUUUUCUUUAAUUCAACCGUGAUAGUUUUCGAUUUGCCCUUUCUUGAUUAUACUAUGAAAUUCCCAAUAUAAAAAAAAAAUUUAAUAUAAUUUUUGGAAAAGACCGUGUAAUGUUACCGAAAACUCCCAAAAGCGGAUUUUGGAAAUUUGUUAAAACCAGUGCAAAAGUUUUAUUUGUAAUUGAAGCUGUGUGCUUUGCUGGCUCUUAUGCAGUUUAUCACCGCAUGAACACAAAUCGCGAAUUCCGUCAGUACAUUAACCAAAACUGUCCUUCCUUAUUAGACUAUUAUUAUAAACUUGGAGAGUUUCUUGGCAGCAGCAAACUUAGAGAACUUGAUGCCACCAUUUGGCGUGCCCAAGAUACUAAACGCGAAUAAUAGAUAUAACGCAAAAAAGUGGCCUAGGUUACGGUUUAAUGGUUCUGACCGAGCCUUCUGAAGAAAAGCUAUCCAAAAUACGAGCCACCACUUCUAGCGCUAAUCUUAC